AUGGUGCAAGCCAUUCAGAUUCCAGCCGCUGCGGUGCAUAACUUGGUGAUGUUGGUGUAUAACUUGGUGAUGUUGGCGAAUAAGUUGGUGAUGUUGGUGUAUACGAUGGUGAUGAUGGCGAAUAAGUUGGUGAUGAUGGUGCAUAACUUGGUGAUGUUGGUCAUGGUGGUGUAUACGUCGGUGAUAAUGGUAUUCCAUACGUUGGUGAUGUUGGUGUAUACGAUGGUGAUGAUGGCGAAUAAGAUGGUGAUGUUGGUGUAUACGUUGGUGAUGGUGGUGCAUACGUCGGUGAAGAUGGUGCAUAACUUGGUGAUGUUGGUAAUGGUGGUAAAUAACUUGGUGAUGAUGGUGUAUACGGUGAUGUUGCUGCAUACGUCGGUGAUGAUGGCGAAUAAGUUGGUGAUGUUGGUGUAUACGGUGGUGAUGGUGGUGCAUACGUCGGUGGUGAUGGUGGUGCAUACCUCGGUGAUGAUGGUGAAUACCGCUGCACUGAAUAAGUUGGCCAUGGUCGCGAAUACGCUGGUGAUGAUGGGGAAUACGUUGGCGAUGAUGGCGAAGAACAUUCACUUUCCAUCGGCUGCGGUGAAUGAGAGCGUGGUGGUGCGUAACUUUCAGAUUCCAUAUCCGUGGGUACAAGUUCAUGAGAGCCGUAAGUUGUUGGUGAAGAGGGCAAGAUUGUUUGCUGAUGUGGUGGUAAAGCAGCAGCAAGGAGUCCCUUCAAAACAUAUACAAAAAUGUAUCAUAUUAAUUUUGAAAUCGAGAAAGAGGCCUAUGGGGCAACAAAAGGUCCAAUUUACCUUCAAAGCCAAGGGCUCACUGGCUUCUUCUUGCUUCGACAUCAAGCAACCCUUAUAA